AUCUUCUUUACGUGUUAUAUGCAGUCGAAAAAUUCCUCAGAGCAAACCAGAGAAUUCGCCAGAAAAUUGGCCGAACAAAUCAAUUCAAAUCAUUUGCGAAGCGAAAUCGACGAUGCCGUAAAAGCGUUCGUAGAAAUGGCCUCCAAAACGUUCGGUGUGGAAUUUCAGGGCACACCGCCGUGGCCAGAUAGUCGUGUAUCGUUGGCAAUGCAGAACGUGCAGGCACGCAUCAGAAUGGUGUCUGCGUAUCUGUUCUCUCAAUUGGCGUUGUUCUUUAAUAAACUGCCUGGAUGUCUGCUUGUGUUGGGUUCGAGUAACGUCGAUGAAUCGUGA